AGCAGCAGGGGGAGCUCGAGCUGGGACGGAGCAGUCAGCAGCAGGAAAACCUAGAUCCCGACGAAAGCGGGAGCAGUACAAGGGAAUCCGUGGAGACCCAACGUCGGAGUCAGAGGGAGGGAGCCCGCCUCCCCCCCACCCCCCCUCGGGAUGCCACAAUAGCUCCCGCUGGUUGCCCUGGCUGCAGGAUUGGGGCGCUCCUUUCCAAGCCUCUGCUGCCUGCCUUCUCGUAAGCAGGAAGCAGCGGCUUGCGGUGUUGUGCCCGGCGGGGUCUACUGUUGCCGCCGCCGCUCGCCCGCCUCUCCGCGAAGAAACAGGAGGAGGGCGGGCGCAGGCAAGACGGGCCGCUCUGCCGGCUGAGUAGGCGCCGGCAUCGGAUGCCUGUGUCACGCUACGCCGAUGCUGCUGCUGAGGCCUGGGCUUCUAUAGAAGUGGCGACGCUAGAGCGAGAGCGCGCGCAGGCGCGCGCCGGUCCCAAGCGCCUAAGUCUGGAGGUGAGAGGAGAGGCAGAAUGAGCACUAUGUUUGUGAUUGCAAGUAUGGGGAAGCGGAAGACUGCUUAUUACCUCUAUUAAAAUGGAUUAUUUAUUGUUAGAGUAAGUAAGGUGCUGACUACAGUUCUUCAACUUCUACAUCUACAUAAAAAUGAGUGAGAUACAGGCAAUGGUAGAAUUUUCGGUGGAACUCCACAAAUUUUACAAUGUGGAUUUGUUCCAAAGAGGUUUUUACCAGAUUCGUGCUUCUAUGAAAAUUCCACCAAGAGUUCCACACAAAAUUGAAGCAAGUUUGUUACGUGCAACCAGUGCUGAUCUUGCCUUUCCAGCAUCAGUCCAUGACAAUGUAAUCUGCAGUAAAACCUUUCAAAUUCUUUAUAAAAAUGAGGAAGUCUCUGUCAAUGAUGUUAUGAUUUUCAAAAUUAAGAUGCUGUUGGAUGAAAGGAAGAUUGAAGAAUCUCUUAAUGAAAUGAAUUUCCUGCUGUCUUUAGAUCUACAUUUUACAGAUACAGAUUAUUCGCCAGAAGAUUUGAGCACAUUGCAGCUAAUUAGCAGUCGAACACUAAAGUUGCACUUUACCUUACACCGAGGCCUUCAUCACUACGUCAAUGUUAUGUUUGAUUACUUUCACCUCUCAGUCAUCUCCGUUAUAGUCCAUGCUUCGUUAGUUGCUCUUCACCAGCCGUUGAUAAGCUUUCCUCGCCCAGUGAAGAAUACUUGGCUAAACAGAAAUGCACCAGCACAGAACAGAGACUCAGUAGUUCCUUCUCUUGAAAGUGUAGUCUUUGGCAGCAGUUAUACCAAGCAAUUAUCAGCAGAUGGCUGCAGUUUUAUAAUAGCAGAACCUUUCUUGAAUCAUGCUUACAAUCUCCACUAUACACUUUGUGCCAGUUUGCUGCUUGCAUUCAAAGGAUUGCAUAGCUACUUCAUCAAUUUAUCUAAGGAGCUGCCUUCCUGUCAGAAAUUGGAGCUGGCCAAGGCCCGCAUGCAGGUCCUUUAUGAACGCCUUCUCAGAAGAAAAAACCUACGAAUCCAGGGAGACGCCUAUCUAGAGAACAUAGAUGUAGAAGCACGUCUGUCAGAACUCUGUGAAGAAAUAAAGAAAAUGGAAAAUCCUGAUGAACUGCCAGAACAUAUAAACAUGAAUCUUGCACAGCUUUGUUCACUUGUGAUGGCUUUAUGGGGGCAAUUUCUUGAAGUUGUUACUUUGCAAGAGGAAAUUACUGCACUGCUAGCACAACAACAUCAUACAAUGCGUGUGCGCAGAUUUUCUGAAGCAUUUUUUUGUCUUGAGCACCCAAGGCAAGCUGCUCUUGCAUAUCAAGAACUGCAUGCUCAGAGCCACCUUCAGAUGUGUACUGCAAUAAAAAGCACCUCCUUCUGUAGUUCUCUCCCACCUCUUCCUAUUGAAUGCAGUGAACUAGAUGGAGAUCUGAACUCUUUGCCUAUAAUCUUUGAAGAUCGUUAUUUAGAUUCUGUCACUGAAGAGAUGGAUGUGCCAUGGCUGACAGCUCAGAGGCAUCAGAAAUCUGACCCCAAGAAGCCUGACAAACUAGAUUCUGAAGAAAGUUUUAUGGCUAGCAUUUCUAGCCCAGAGCUGAAAAUCAAACCUUCAGUUGCCUCCCAUGUUUGGCAGUCAGAAAGUGAAAAGCAGUUCACAAAGUCUGCGAAAGGAAAAUGCGAAGACGUAAGCAAAUCCAAAACUAAGGUUACCAAGUUGAUGAAAACCAUGAAACCUGAAAAUCCAAAAAAAAUAGUAAAACAGAACUCUAAAGACUCUGUAGUCUUGGUGGGCUACAAAUGUUUGAAAGGCGCAACACCAGAGGACACCUCUAAAUGCUUUGAAGGCAUUCCUUCAUGUAGCCAGAAGGAAGGCUUGGACUCCACAGUUAGUGGAAAUAUUUGUGACACAAAGACCUUCGUGACUCAAAUGAAUCAAAAAUACUUGCCAUCUAGAAGUGAACAAAGCUCUGCUAAAGUGGAUAGGCAUGAAGAAAGCCAGUGUACCUCAGUCAUUUCUCAGCUUGCAAAUUCAAUCAUUUCUGGUAAAUUUGACAUCCCCCAAACAGGCACUGGGGAUACUCCUGGAGACAGCACCUUGGCAUCCAGAAGUACUGUGGAAGAUUGCUCAACAGGAGUUAGAAAAAUAGAGGUAAAACCUUACUGUAAAAGUCUGCAUGGGGGUGAAAAAGUGUUCGUUCGUAUUGGAUCACAGAUAGAAGGUCUGCAAAGUCUACCCUACAGAGAAAAUUUACAGGAACUCACCUUUGAAAGUUCAGACUAUGAAAAAAGAUCAAAAUCAGAAGAGGAUCCACUGCUUGAAAAGGAAAUUGUGCAAGGAACAGACUUACAGUAUACUGAGGAUGCGUUGGCAAGGGUCAAAAGCAACCAGUCCAGUCUUUCCAUGAAAGAAACUCAUAGUGCAGUUGUAACUGGAGAUGUACUAAAGCUGCCUGAUGUGAGCGUGACCUAUGCAUCAUCUAGAUUUUCAGAUUCUGGUGUGGAAAGUGAGCCAAGUUCUUUUGCAAUGCACCCAGGUACAGAUGUGUCUUUUGAAACUCCUCAAGGGCAAAGUGGAUGCAACAGUGAGAGAAUAUUUCCCCAGUUUUUGCUGAAACCAGAUUGCAAUAUCAAAAACCCAGUAGAGAGUCACUGUACAGAGAGUACAAGUGCUGUUAGUGAAAUACAGUCCUCCUUGACAUCAAUAAAUUCUCUGCCUUCUGAUGAUGAUCUUUCCCCUGAUGAAAACUCAAAAAUAACUGUUGUACCUGAGUGCCAGUUAAGUGACAGCAAAACUAUAUUGGACCUGGGAGCAAUUGAUUUGUCAAGAUGUGAUGACACUAAAGAACCAGAUGUUUUGCCAGAGUGUGGCUUGUUUUCUGGGCAAUUAGACAGUGAAACUACACUUCCAACUUCAUCACCAUCAAAUGUAAAAAGUCCUUUACAUCUAGUUUCAGAUGAAGAUUCAUCUAUAGAUGUGAACACUUACAACCCACAAUCAAGUAUUGGCACCAUUUGUGAAGAUUCCCGUACUGUAGGGAAAACAAGUGAAAUACCUUCAAGUGUUGUUUAUCCAGGGGAGUCCUGUGUUGUUUCAGGUUCCGUAUCUAGUUGUGCUGAAAGUGUUAUAAUGAGACCAAGUGAAGGAAGUCUUGGUGAACCUGCAGAGCUAAAGCAAAUGACUGAUGAUUUGACAGCUGGAAAAAAUGAAAACCUCAUAGGUAUGAGCAGCUUGUCAUCAGAGGGAACUACUGACAUGUUGAAGCAAGGACUUAUAGAAAAUUACUUUGGCAAUCGAAUUUCUGCUGAUCUGUCCUGUGUGUAUUCUACAGACAGUAGUACUAAUCUUGGCUCCCAAAGGGAAACAAUUACAUCAGAAGAUGAUGAUGAUGAUGAACAAGAUCAAGACAUGGUUGAAAAUGGCUAUUAUGAGGAAGCAGAUGAGAGUAAUUUAGAUGGAGCUACAAAUGAUGAGUUAGAAGAAGAGACUCUUGGGCUAACAAAUGAGAGAGGUUUAAGAACUGAAACAAUGAAUAGUGAACUUCUUAGGUGUGGGAACAAUAUGGCUCCACUUUGUACUUCAGGUAGCUUGGCGUUUCCCUCUUCAUUGAGAGGAUAUCCAUGUAGCACAUUGUGGUCUUCAAAGGACAAAACUAGUGGAGUUCUGAAGCAACCUUGCAGUAUGUCCUCAAGCACAAUUUCAUCCGCAUCCUGGUAUGAGUGCUUCCCUAAAACUCAGCAGCUAGCAUUCCUCCAGGCUAAAGAGGAGAUGAAGCAGCUUAAGCUCCCUGGAUUUAUGUAUAGUGAUGUUCUCGGCUUGGCAUCUUCAGUACCUUAUUUCAGCACAGAAGAGGAGGAAAGCUCAGAAGAUGGAAUACAUCUCGUAGUCUGUGUGCAUGGCCUAGAUGGUAAUAGUGCUGAUUUAAGACUAGUAAAGACUUACAUUGAACUUGGCCUUCCCGGAAGUCGUAUAGAUUUUCUGAUGUCUGAAAGAAACCAGAAUGAUACAUUUGCUGAUUUUGAUUCAAUGACGGAUCGCCUUCUGGAUGAGAUAAUACAGUACAUUCAAAUUUACAAUCUAACAAUUUCAAAAAUCAGUUUUAUUGGCCAUUCGUUGGGCAACUUAAUAAUCCGGUCAGUGCUAACAAGACCUAGAUUUAAAUAUUACCUCAGCAAACUUUACACCUUCCUGUCUCUGUCUGGGCCACAUCUUGGGACCCUCUACAACAGCAGUGCUCUUGUUAAUACAGGACUCUGGUUUAUGCAGAAGUGGAAAAAGUCAGGGUCUUUAUUGCAGCUUACCUGUCGAGAUCAUUCAGACCCUCGGCAAACCUUCUUGUACAAGCUUAGUAGAAAGGCAGGUCUCCAGUAUUUCAAAAACAUUGUAUUAGUAGGAUCUCUGCAAGAUCGUUAUGUCCCAUAUCAUUCUGCCCGCAUAGAAAUGUGCAAAACAGCUCUAAAGGAUAAACAGACAGGACCAAUAUAUGCCGAAAUGAUCCAGAAUCUGCUUCUUCCUGUUCUUCAGAAUAAGGAAUGCAAUUUGAUUCGCUACGAUGUCAUUAAUGCAUUGCCGAACACAGCUGAUUCUCUCAUUGGAAGAGCUGCACAUAUAGCUGUUUUGGAUUCAGAAAUAUUUUUAGAGAAGUUUUUCCUGGUUGCUGCCCUAAAAUAUUUCCAGUAAAUUAAAAACAAACAAACCAUUGUAACAGACUUGGCUAUUACCUCAUUAACAGAUGGAUGACUCAAACGUGUGUGAUAUUAAACUGUAGCUGCCGCUGUAUUUUAAGAGAUAUUUAUAUACCUUUUUAUAUGGAAGAUAAUUUAUAUCAUCCAUGUGAGGAGCUUUUUUAACAUCAACUUUACUUUCUAGGUAAUGUGGCUGUGCAAUAUUUUUUUUAAUGUUUAUUUUUACUUUUUUUUCUAUUUUUCUUAUUUUGGGUACCUAAUUAUUUCAGAACUUGAGAUUUAAGCAUAGUGUGUACAUUUGAUGGGUAUGUUGGCUCUUAGACUGCAAAAGGUCAGUGCUGUGUGAUGACAUUUUUAUGAGUCUUUGGAUGCCAAAAUAAAUCUGAAUUUUUUAAAAGUUUAAUAAGGUAUUAAAUUUGAUAGUUCAUGUUGUAAGAAGAGUGAACUGGAAAACACCUAUUGGCUGCUAAAAUAAGUACUAUAUCUAGAGGUCUGUUCAAGACUGUCCAGGACCACAGUUUGAAGAGAAAACUGAGUUGCCUGUUUGUUAUAUCACUACAUUCUAACUGCUUUCUACAGAGUCAUUACUGGACACGAAAUGCCUGUGGAAACUACCGUUUUUUCUACUGAUCUCAAGAGCAUGUUGGUUUACAUUUUCACUUUUAUUACUGGAACUUUAGUUUUCACAAGCAAGCAGCAGUUAAGGAUUUUUGAAUGUUGAAUUGUCAGCUGCCUUUAAAAUGGAUUUUUGCAAAACUUUAAUAAAAUUGCUCUGUCAGUUCAGUUCUCCGGUGAACCUUUUACAUGGGACUUCUUGUAUGUACGUUUAAAAAAGAGUAAAGGUUAUAAAUUUCUGCAAUACUUUUAUGAAUAUAGAUUUUUAAAUAUUAAGUUUUAUCGAUGACAAAUUAUUGUAAAUAUAAAUCAGUUGCAUCGUGAAAUGGAACAAAAUGAUAAACUCUAGUGAUAAUGAUAAAUGUUUUUAAUAUACAGGAAUGUUAAAGGUCUAUUGAAUUUUUAUUGGUGCUGAGCAGCAUUGAGUUAAAUAUUCUCCUCCCUUUUUACCUGUUUCAAACAGUAAUGCACUUAAAAGGUGAAGAGAAGGUUUUGUGCAUUCACUAAUUGUAAUGAACAAUUUUUUCUGAAAAUAUAAAUUUGUUGUAUAUCUAGUGCAUGUUUUAUUUUUUAGCAUUGUGUUAAUGCAUCUGGUGUUAAUAAACUAAACAACUGUCUAAUACA